UGUUCAUUUCGGACCCCACAGUAGUGUCCAACAAUUACAAAAUAUCGUAAACUCCAUCUUUUGUUCUCCUCCUCCUUCUACCUUCCUCCACCACCACAAUCCAAAACUAUCUGUCACUCUUUCUUUCUUUCUCAAAGAAUCCAAGGAAAAAGGUUGUGUAAAUGUAAUAACAACAACGGCAACUGCUCAACAACUGUAAAAAUAAGAAAACAUGUUUCUUUGAAAAUUCUCUCUGAAACGAGAACCUCUCUCUCUCUCUCUCCCUGUGUGUGUUUUGUUUUCACUCUAACCAUGGACUCAAGAACUAUUCUUGAGCAUGUUCUGUUCCAGCUCACUCCAACCAGAACCAGAUGUGAUCUGGUGAUUUUUGCUGGUGGUGCGAGUGAGAAAUUGGCAUCUGGGCUUCUAGAGCCGUUCCUUUUUCAUUUAAAAACAGCUAAAGAUCAGAUUUUCAAAGGUGGCUACUCCAUCUCGCUUCGUCCUCUCCCUGCAAAUACCCACUGGUUUACUAAGGCCACUCUCCAGAGAUUCGUGAGAUUUGUUGGCACACCAGAAAUUCUUGAGAGAUUUGUGACAAUAGAGACAGAACUAGAGCAGAUUGAGACUUCAGUUCAAUCAAAUGAGAAUGCAGAUGUUGAAGGUUCUGGUGGAAAUUACCAAAAGUCCACUGUCUCAUCUAAGUCUAAAAGAGAUCAUGAUGGAGCUGAUGAUGCUGCACAGGAAGACAAUUCCAAGGUUCGACUUCAACGUGCUUUGGAAACUAGGAAAGCUGUGCUUCACAAAGAGCAGGCAAUGGCAUAUGCUCGGGCUUUGGUUACUGGAUUUGAACUGGACUGUAUAAAUGAUCUUAUCUCCUUUGCUGAUGCUUUCGGAGCUUCACGUUUAAGGGAAGCAUGUUUAAAUUUUGUGGAAUUAUGCAAGAAAAAGAAUCAAGAUCGGCUUUGGAUGGAUGAAAUUGCAGCGAUGCAGGCAUCUAGACUGGAGUUACCUUAUCUUGGAACUUCUGGAAUAGUGCUUGCCAGUGAGGAAAAUUAUCCUAGCCAAAUCGGUGGUCUCUCUGGUGGGAAACUGAAUGGCUCAAUAGAUGCAUCGGUGUCUGACUCAAGUCUUGGAAGUUCAGACCUAAACCAAGAAAGUAGUUUGCCAACAUCAGCUGCAGUGCAAUCAACAGAUGGCAAAGCUCAAAUGCCGAUGGCAUGGCCGAACCAUCUUCCUCAAUACAUGCACAAUUUUCAAGGACCUGUAUUUCAACAAAUGCCCCCAUAUCAAGGCUACCUUUUUCCUGGUAUGCAAGUUGCCCCCCCAUAUUUUCCAGGGAAUAUGCAGUGGCCUCCAAAAGUGGAUGAUUCUGGCCUCCGGCAUGACUGGGAACCAGAUGGUCAUAAAAAGCAUAAAUCAUCAUCUAGGAAAAAAAAGUCUGCACAUGACAAAGGAAUGGAAACUUCAAACCAAGAUGAUUCCACUGAACCUAGUUAUUCUAGCUCGGAGACAGAAUCGGACAAUGAUUUGCAGAAUGGCGAAAAGCAGUCUUCAAUUGAGCAGGUACAAAGAAAGAAGCAUGGGAAGAAGUCCUCAAGAAAGGUUGUCAUCCGCAACAUUAAUUACAUUACCUCUAAGAGGGAUGGGGAAAAGGGAAGCAUGUCUGAUGAGACAUCUGAUGGGGAUGAUUUCAUUGAUGGAGAAGCUCUCAAGCAGCAGGUGGAGGAAGCUGUUGGUUCAUUGGAAAGACGACAUAAAUCAACCUCACGUCAUCAUAAGAAAUCAAAUCGCAGCACUAUAGAUAAUUCAAAUGACGAAGAUAAGAAGAAAGUAGCUGCCAAUAAUACGGAGGGACAAAAAGGAAAUGAACAGUGGGGUGCUUUCCAGGACCUUCUUUUGAAGGAUAAGGAUUUAGACUCCUUUGAAACUGAUCCACAUCCUUUACAGGUUCAACAGCACUCUACAGCCAAGAGCUCUGAGGAGAGAAUGUUGUUGGCAUUUAACCUGGAAUCUGAGAAAAUAUCUAAGCAAAGAGCAAUUUCAAUUGAUUCCUUUGUCGCAGACAAGAGGGAAACAGGUAAUGAAGAUCAAUUUCGCAUUGGAAACUUCGAAUCUGGUGAAAAUCUCAAGUCAAUGACAAAGAAAAGGGAUGGCACGAAUGAGGAGAUGUUAUUUUCUCAAAGAACUGAUGAGCCAGGGAACCAUCGGCGAACUACUGUUUCUGAUCAUUCCACUGAAUCUCUGAUGAUCAAAAGUCAAAAAGAAGGAGAUUGGUUCAUCAGCAACCAACCGGAUAAGCCAGCAAACAAGGAUGAAAAUAUGAAUCUUAGAACAUUUGAUGGUGAUUAUGCUUCAUCAUUGGCUGAUGAUCAUUUUCGCUUUGAGAAAAGUAAGAAAGAUGUUCUAGUUGAUGACUCAUUCAUGAUCCAAGCUCGACCAUUUUUAGACGAUCAAUCUCAAUCUAUGUUAAGAACAGAUAUAAGCAUGGCUGCAGAUAUAGUUGAAGCUACUAAAUACGAUAACGCCACCUCUGAAAUCACUCAUGAUAAGGCUGGCACAUAUGGCACUCACGAACCAGAAGACCUUUACAUGGUGCUUGGGAGAGAUUCAGCUGCAGAGAAUGCUAUGUCAUCUUGGACUCCAGAAAUGGACUAUGAGAAUGACCUUCUAUCUACUGAAGCCAAUGUAAAACAAUCUGGUAUUGAAACAAAUGCUGCCGAAGAUAAGCUUCCUUCUAAUGGUAAGGGCACUAAUGGCAAACCUGGUGGAAAUGCUGGAGGAAAGAUUCCUGGUAAGGAAGCAAGGUCAAAAGUUUCAAAUGCAUCUCUUGGAAAGAGCAAAUCUUCCUUAAUGUCAAGGACCAAGAAACCAACUUCUGUAGGCAUAACCACAGUUCAGAGAGGCAAAUCUGACAAGGAAGAAGAGAAAAGAAAGAGAAUGGAAGAGUUAUUGAUUCAACGCCAGAAGAGAAUUGCUGAAAGGAGUGCUAGUGGCAAUAGUCCAGCAACUUCCAAGAGAAUGCUAGUGAAAAGAACAUCUUCCUUAAAGAAUGAGGAGUCCAAAACCCAGCCUCCAAGCCAAGAGACUAAGAAAACAUUGUUUAGGAGUUCCACCAUUGAUCGUCUUGCCUCUGCUCGAACAAUACCAAAGGUGGAAUCAGCUCAAUCAAAACCUGCCGAGCCCAAAAAGGCAUCCUCGAAGGCUAAUGGUUUGCCACAGAAGACUGCUGGGGCUGACAAGAAAUUGAGCCCAAAGACUGUGAAACCUAAUGUUCCUCAAAAGAAAGAAAGCAAGGUAGCUGCAGCAGAGGAGCUGAAAAAGGUACCAGCUACCGAAAGCAUCGACCAAUUUAAAGACAUUAAGGAGUUGCACAGCGUUGAUUCACUAGAGAAAGAUGAAGGAAAUAUGAUUUCACGAACUGUUACUUCAAAUGAUAAGGGCUACAGUGGCAGUGUGCCCCACAUGGACUCAUCUGCACAACUGGAUCACUUAAAAGGUGAUGAUGAGGGAUUAUCUAUGGCAGCUCCAAUUCUUGCUGAAAACAUUAAAACUUCAGGUGAUCAUGAUCAUUAUACUUCUGAAAUGACAAAACAUCCUGUGCCAGAAUCACCAAAUGAAGAUUUAAACCUUUCUGCUGAAAAUAUCAGAGAUAAUGGUAUGAAAACUGAAAAUGUGCCUUCACCAGAAAAAUCUGAAAUUCAAAUAUCAACCCCACCACCUGCUGAAAUAAACCCAGAAACAGUCCACUCUAGGAAGAAGUGGAACAGUGAUGAAACCUCUCCGAAAGCUGCUAAAGGCUUUAGAAAGCUUCUUCUGUUCGGAAGGAAAAGCCGGACCUCUACUACCAAUUGAUCUUAUGCUUGCCGAAUGAUUGAGUAAACAAAAAAAGGGGGGGAAAAAAAAGGAAUUGAAAGAUGGUAGAUAGCUCCCAUACAUAAUAAGGCCUUUGGUGUUGGUGCCAAUAUGAGAAGCGGCAUGUUUUGUAAUUUAUCAGGGUUUGGUACUGCAUAGUGUGAGUGUAAAGAAAUUAAGUUUUUAUUGGUAUGUUUUUUUGUAUCUGUUUUGAUGUACACUGAAACCCUUUUUAAAACUUUGCAAUCUAUACUCAAAAUUGUGGUUGUAUGUAUCUCACAACCCUGUAAUGAGUUAUUGUUAGCUUGUUACAGUGCAUCCAAUUAUUUUCUUUGUUAUCUAUUCAGGAAUGAAAGGAUUGUUCUUGUUGUUGGAGCCUAAA